AUGGACCCCCUAUACAGCCUCCAGGAUCUUGUACGCUGCAGCCUUUGUGAAACCUCUGAGACUUCCAUGUACUGUAAAAUUUGUCAUAUACAUCUGUGUAAAGACUGUGUAGAGAAACAUUUCUCUGAUUCCUCAAAAGUUCAUAAUGUGGUGCCACUUAAACAAUAUCUAACCACUUUGAACAGCCCUAAAUGUAGGAAACACCCCAAAAAACAAUGUGAACUCCACUGUGAACAAUGUGAUAUUCCUAUUUGUGCAAAAUGUAUAUCAUCUGGAAAACAUUCAGGACAUAACCAAGUCGGCAUUUUCCAAAGUUUUGACAACAAAACAGAAAUUUUACAAAAAGAUUUGCAAGAAUUAGAAAAAUCCAUUUAUCUUAAAUACAAAGAGAUUGCAUCCAACAUCCAAGCGCAGAAAGCUGAUCUGAGUAAAAACUCCCAGAUAUUGACAACAACAAUCGACAAACAAGGAGAAGUCUGGCACAGAGAAAUAGACACCAAUAUCACAAACCUGAAAUCUAACGUGGAGGAAAUGGAAUCCAAACACCUAGUCGUCCUGAAUAAACAGGAAGAUGAAAUCACACACACCAUUUCUGAAAUCACACAGACCAUUGCUGAGCUGAAGAAGUUACUGAACUCCAAAGAUGUCAGCCUUGUCUCCGAGUACAAAUCCAGGAUUGCUGAAUUCAGAAGAUUGCCUCCUAAACUCAAAGUGUCCUUACCAAACUUUAAGCCUCAGGAAAUCCACACAGAUCAGCUGAUUGAACAGUUUGGUUCUCUGUCAGCAUUAUCUUUUACAACAGAGGAACAAGUCUACAGCAUGGCGCCCCCAGACCGGUCAAUUAUGGGUGUACCCCAGGUCAUCACAACAAUAGACACAGGGUAUGAUUAUCUACACGGUGUAACGUGUCUGAAUGAUACAGAGAUCUGGACACGUGGUUAUGAUAACAUGAUGAAACUCUUCAACCUCCAGGGAGAACGAGUGGAGUCCAUCCGAACCAAGUCAGGGAACAGGCCACACGACAUAGCAGUGACAAGGAGUGGGGAUCUAGUUUAUACUGAUAACAAUGAUAGAACUGUGAACAUAGUGAACAAUACACAGAUACAGACAGUGAUCAGACUACAGGGGUGGAAACCUUGCGGUGUCUGUAGUACCUCCUCUGGUGACCUCCUGGUUGUCAUGGACAGCGAUGGUUAUAAACGAUCAAAAGUUGUGCGUUACUCUGGUUCCACAGAGAAACAAAUUAUUCAGUACGAUGACAAAGGACGACCUCUCUAUUCAUCUGGUCCUUACAGUAAUUACAUCAGUGAGAACAGGAACCUAGAUAUCUGUGUGUCAGACUGUAACGCCCGUGCAGUAGUGGUGGUCAAUCAGGCCGGGAAACUCCGGUUUAUCUACACUGGUCCUCCCUCUCCUACCAAGGAAUCAUUUGAUCCAUGGGGCAUCACAACAGACAGCCAGGGUCGGAUCCUGACAGCUGACUAUUACAACCACCGUAUCCACAUCCUGGAUCAGGACGGACAGUUCCUCCGCUACAUUGACAACUGUCAUUUACGGCAUCCAUGGGGUUUAUGUGUGGACGCCAGAGACAACCUCUUCGUGGCCGAGAACAACAUAGGUGAAGUGCAAAAAAUUCAAUAUUACAUGUAA